AUGUUGUCCAAGCUUAUAGAAGAAAAGGAUUGCCAGAUAAACAAAGCUACACAUUCUAUUUUCCGUACUGCUUAUUAUAUAGCAAAAUAUAACCGUCCAUUUGAUGAUCAUUUAAAACUAGUGCAGUUAAAGGAACUCAAUGGUAUAAUAUUAGGGUUUACCCUCCAUUCUAGACACUCAUCUACCAAUAUUCUUUAACAUAUUUCUAAAGAAAUGAAACACAAAAUUAUUAAACAUAUUAUUGACACAAAUGCAAAAUGUUCCAUACUAAUUGACGAAUCAACUACACUCAGUGAUUUACGUAGCAUUGUUGUUUAUUUAAAAGUAUCAAUAUCGAAUAAUUAACCUCUCUUUAUUUUUUUAGAUUUGGUUGAAUUAAAAAAUCAAACCGCAGAAAAUAUUGUAAGUCAAUUAAUUAACUGCUUACAUACAUCAUUACUUGAUGAAAACUAUUUACAACAACAUUGGGUGUCCUUUGUAAGCGACGGAGCAAGCAUUUUGUUGGGUAAAAAAAAUGGUGUUGCUAAAAAACUCACGGAUAAGUACCCACUUAUCUUUAGUUGGCACUGUAUGAAUCAUCGUUCUGAAUUAGCAGUUAAUGAUUAA